AUGUUUAAGAAGUUUGAUGAAAAGGAAAGCGUCUCAGGAGUACAGCAGCUGAAAUCAUCGGUCCAAAAGGGUAUUCGAGCGAAGCUGAUCGAGCAGUUUCCGACCAUCGAAAGCCAUAUCGACUUAGUUUUACCGAAAAAAGAUGCAUUUCGGAUAGUGAAAUGCCACGACCACAUUGAAAUUCUCAUCAACGGUGCCGGAGAACAGGUGUUUUUCCGACAUAGGGACGGUCAAUGGAUGCCGACCCUGAAAUUGUUCCACCGGUUUCCUUUUUUUCUGCCAAUGGAACAGGUGGACAAAGGCGCCAUCCGAUUUGUGUUGAGUGGAGCUAACAUAAUGUGCCCUGGAUUAACUUCGCCGGGAGCAUGCAUGACCAAGGUUGAAAAGGGAACGGUGGUUGCGAUAAUGGCCGAAGGAAAACAACACGCUUUGGCUAUUGGAUUGACAUCCUUAUCCACGGAUGAUAUUGCCAAAGUGAACAAGGGUGUUGGAGUGGAAAAUUGCCAUUAUCUCAACGAUGGACUAUGGCAAAUGAAACCUAUAAAAUAAACUACGUCUGAUUGGACGUUCACUCUUCGUGGUGUACUACACU